UGUGGACGAAACUCCUCCCCAAAAUCCACGUGGUUUACCGCCUACGUUGCUUGUUCCAAAUAUGGGUUGGGCUUGAAAGGGAACAAGCUCAAUAGGCUGAACUGUCAAAGCCGAAGAGCACCUCUUUCCCACUUGUCACAUGCACAUUUCCCACACAUUUCUCAAAAACCAUCCACCGGUAAGAGAAGCUUCCGGUAGAAGAAGUGACCGUUGGUUUCAAGCCGUUGAUUCGAAGAGUGACAGAGUCUCACUGAAAAUGGAUAUUGACGAAACAGCCAAAGAAAUUCCUGUGCUAAAAGGCGAAGAAAAGCAUGGAAAGCCAAUCGUGGUAAUAUUGAUGGGCGCACCUGGAAGCGGCAAGUCCACCUUCUGUGAACAUGUCAUGCGCUCCUCUACCCGUCCCUGGGUUCGCGUCUGUCAGGACACUAUCAAAAGUGGUAAAGCUGGAACCAAAGCUCAGUGUAUAGAUAGUGCAAUCAAUGCAUUGAAGGAUGGGAAGAGUGUGUUUAUAGAUAGAUGCAAUCUAGAGAUAGAACAACGCAAUGAGUUUGUUAAGCUUGGUGGUCCCCAGGUUGAUGUUCAUGCUGUGGUGCUUGAUCUUCCUGCCAAGCUUUGUAUAACGCGGUCUGUGAAGCGAACAGGCCAUGAAGGAAACUUGCAAGGUGGGAGAGCUGCUGCGGUUGUGAAUAGAUUGCUGCAAAAGAAAGAACUGCCUAAACUGAGUGAAGGGUUUGCUAGAAUCACUUCUUGCCAGAAUGAGAGUGAUGUUCAAUCUGCCAUCGAUGCAUAUAGUGGACUUGGUCCUUUGGAUACACUUCCCAAUGGUUAUUUUGGCCAGAAGAAUCCCGGUGCCAAAAUUCAACUUGGCAUAAUGAAGUUCUUAAAGAAAACAGAUGCUCCUGCUAGUUCUGAAUCAAUUUCAAAAAGUAUUCCGGAUUCUAAUGCUUCUCAAAUUACUGAAGAGAAGGAUGCCUGUUUGAAAGGAACAGGUUCAUUAUCUGAGAAUGCUGGUAGGGAGUUAAAGGAAGGUGAAGAGCCAGUUGUAGGCUCAGCUGGCGGCGAUGUUUCUCUUAAGGAUGCUCCUACUCUGGCAUUUCCCUCUAUAUCAACAGCAGACUUUCAAUUUGACCUCGAGAAGGCAUCUGACAUUAUUGUUGACAAAGUCGCAAAGUUUGUGAAUAAGCUUGGAAAUGCUAGACUUGUUUUAGUGGACUUGAGUCAUAAAUCAAAGAUUUUGUCUUUGGUAAGGACUAAAGCUUCAGAGAAGAACAUUGAUUCCAACAAGUUCUUCACAUUUGUAGGAGAUAUCACUCGGCUUCAUUCAGAAGGGGGUUUACACUGCAACGUAAUAGCUAAUGCUGCUAAUUGGCGACUCAAACCUGGAGGUGGAGGUGUCAAUGCUGCAAUCUUCAGUGCUGGAGGUCAAGCUUUGGAGGUUGCAACCAAGGAGCAGGCCAAAUCUCUGCUUCCUGGGAAUGCUGUGGUUGUGCCUCUCCCUUCAACUUCUCCACUGUUUUGUAGGGAAGGGGUAACCCAUGUCAUACAUGUUGUUGGACCCAACAUGAACCCACAGAGACCAAAUUGUCUGAACAAUGACUACAUCAAAGGCUGCAAAGUUCUCCAGGAGGCUUACACUUCACUUUUUGAAGGUUUUGCAUCAAUUGUAAGGUCCCAAUCGAAGUUACCCAAGGGAAGCAUUGAAAACCUUCAGUCAAAGAUGACAGAGUCACAAGAUCACCCUGACGGUAUACCUAAAGAUCAUUUUACUAACAGUGAUCAAAAGAAUAAGAGAGAGGGUCUUCAUAAAUCUGAGAGGAGCAAAAGAAGUAAAGGAUAUCGGGAUGAAACUGAAGAUGCCUCUGAUUCUAAUGCUGGUAAAGUAAACCUGAGCAACAAGUCUGAUGGAAGCAGGACUAAAUCCUGCGGUUCAUGGGCUCAGGCUCUCUACAACAUUGCUAUGCAGCCAGAGAAGCACAGGGAUGCUGUACUAGAGAUAUCCGAUGAUGUUGUUGUACUGAAUGAUCUUUAUCCAAAGGCACAAAGGCAUGUUCUGGUGGUGGCACGAUAUGAAGGUCUUGAUUGCCUGGCAGAUGUACGUAAAGAACACCUUCAGUUGUUAAGGACAAUGCAUGCUCUUGGUUUGAAGUGGGCUGAGAAGUUCUUGCAUGAUGAUUCAUCAUUGGUCUUUCGGCUUGGAUAUCACUCGGAACCAUCAAUGCGACAGCUGCAUCUGCAUGUUAUUAGCCAGGAUUUUGAUUCAACACAUUUGAAGAAUAAAAAACAUUGGAACUCCUUUAAUACUGCUUUCUUUCGAGACUCUGUGGAUGUAAUGGAGGAAGUCAGUAGUAAUGGAAAAGCAAUUCUAAAAGAUGAGGACAGCAUGUUGUCCAUGGAGUUGCGAUGUCACCGGUGUAGAAGUGCUCACCCCAACAUACCCCGAUUAAAAUCACACGUUACAAACUGUCGAGCCUCUUUUCCAAGCACCCUGCUCCAAAAGGGUCGUCUAGUGCUCACGCCAUGCAAUGUCAGCAUUGAUGCGUAAGUGUGCCACCAGCCAUUGUAUCUCGUCCAAAUUUUGUUGUAUAUAAACAACAGAUGCUUUGUGAUUGGCGAAACUGGUAUUGCAAUGAGAUGCUUGGUAUGGUUUUUCAAGAUUCUCAAUUCUCACAAGUUUCUCUGCCCGUGGAGGGCCGUGAGAAAGUGUAUUUUCAUAGCCCAAGGAACAUUUGGCUAGCAGCUACAUAUGACUUCCCAUGGCCCCAUAGUAUUCUCAUGCAUGCAGCAUGUUAGUUUGGCUGUCGACUUGACUCAAUGAAUGAGCUAAAUUAGCUGAACUCAAGAAAAAAAAAAUGCGGGAAUUCCAAUUUUGAUGGCAUGGUUAAUGGAAUUGAUGCUUCAACCCUCAAAUUUACGGUUUAGCACAACGAAAACUGCAUAGAAAAAUCACACAAAAAAUCUUGAAAAUUAUAAUUAAAAAGAUAUUACUCAUAUCUUUGAUUAUCAAACAAACAAAUAAAUAAUUGAAAACAAAUAAAUAAUUGAAGUAUUUCGUAAGAAGUAUUUAAUCAUGUGAGUUUUGUCGUCUCUGAAGUAAUUUAGAAGGAGAAAUUAUAUAAUUUAAAGCCUUCAAACAUGGUUGGUAGAACAUGUACCACGAUUUGAUAAUCUAUCAACAUAUGAUUCCAUUAUCGUUUUUUUUAAUUUCAUUCUUGUUCCUCAUGGGAUUUUAUUUAAUACACACACCUACACUAAGAUUCCGAGUGUCGUCAACGCUAAUUGUUUGUAACACAGAAAAACGAGGACAUAUAUUUCCAUACUCCUCUCUGUCCCAACCUCCACCUGUGCAUAAUUAACAAUAAACCCAGCAGCAAUUAUACAAAACCACCGUGACAGAUUGCAGGACAUUUGGGUCAAUAGUUUAGGUCUAAAAAUGCUGGCAGAUGAUGACAAUGAUAUGACUAUAGUUACUGUCAUCAACAACGUUGUUUGAACACGUGGAUUUGUCCCCAUAAACAAGUCAAAAAAGACACCUUGCUUUGCGCAAUUCAUUUGGGAUCCACAUAAACUAAAAUAUCAGAAGAUGCUCAAAUUCAAAGGGGAAUAUACAUAGAACCCAACAAAAAUUCAAGUAGAACAGACACCGUUCACCAAGGGAAAAAUUUAAAAAAAAAAAA